AUGCCUCGCCCGGGGAGGAACACGUACAGCGACCAGAAGCCUCCGUACUCGUACAUCUCCCUGACGGCCAUGGCCAUCCAGAGCUGCCCGGAGAAGAUGCUCCCUCUCAGUGAGAUCUAUAAGUUCAUCAUGGACCGGUUCCCGUACUACCGGGAGAACACGCAGAGGUGGCAGAACUCUCUGCGCCACAACCUCUCCUUCAACGACUGCUUCAUUAAAAUCCCCCGCAGACCCGACCAGCCCGGGAAGGGCAGCUUCUGGGCGCUGCACCCCAGCUGUGGAGACAUGUUCGAGAACGGGAGUUUUCUCCGGCGCAGGAAGCGCUUUAAGGUGGGCAGCAUGCAGGCCGCGGACCCUCUGGCGCCCAGCAAGCCUCAGGACGCCGCUCACUACCUGCAGCAGCAGGCCAAGCUGCGGCUCAGCGCGCUGCACGCCGCCGCGCACCUCCCGCAGAUGCCGGGCGGAUACAACCUGAGCUCCGUGUCCCAGCCGUCCGGAUUCAAACACCCCUUCGCCAUCGAGAACAUCAUCGCCAGAGAGUACAAGAUGCCCGGCGGGCUGGCGGCCUUCUCCACCGCCGGGUACCCGCUCCACAACCAGCUGAGCCCGGCCUGGCCGCACAUGUACGGCUCCGGGAUGAUGGACACCGCGGCGCCCAUCUCCAUGGCAACCAGCGACUACUCGGCCUACGGCAUGCCGCUUAAAUCUCUGUGUCACAGCGGACAGACUCUGCCCGCCAUCCCCGUGCCCAUCAAACCCACCCCCACCUCCAUGGCGGGCCUGCCGGGGCUGCCCACCCACAUCCCGGCUUUCCUCGCGAACUCUCCCCAGUCUCUGAGCCCCACGUCCCCGCAGAGCAGCCCGGCAGCGCCCGGGGAGGCGCUCUCCUCCACGGCCUCCGCGCUGCAGCCCGCGGUGACGGUGCACUGA